UCGGUUUAGUUCGGUUUUGCACGCACGGCCCUUGAAAAAAAAUAGAAAGAGAAAAGAAAACUAAACCCUAGCAGCCGUUUCCUCCGGCCAUGCCGUCGACGUCCCUGCCGGCGACGCCGCCGGUGCUGCCAAUCUCAGAGCACGAGGACGAGAUCGUGGCGGCCGUGGAGGCAAACCCUGUGGUGGUGGUAAUUGGCGAGACCGGUUCCGGAAAGAGUACCCAGCUCUCCCAGAUCCUCCACCGUCGAGGCUACACCCGCCGCGGCACAAUUGCUAUCACCCAGCCCCGCCGCGUCGCGGCCGUAUCCGUCUCCAGGAGGGUGGCACAAGAGCUCGGUGUCUCAAUUGGGGAAGAAGUUGGUUAUGCUAUUCGAUUUGAAGACCGAACUUCAGAAAAAACUUUGAUAAAGUAUCUGACAGAUGGUGUUCUUCUGCGUGAAAGCCUUUCAAAUCCUGAGUUGAAGCAAUACUCAGUGAUUAUCUUGGAUGAAGCUCAUGAACGUAGUUUAAACACUGAUAUCCUUUUAGGUUUAAUGAAAAGAUUGAUAAAGGAUCGAGCAUCAGAUUUGAAAGUUCUCAUCACUUCUGCGACUCUUGAUGGUUUGAAAGUGUCCAAGUUCUUCUCAGGAUGUCCUGUGUUGAACAUCCCUGGAACCAUAUUCCCUGUGGAGAAGUUCUACAGCACAGAUCGCCCAACCAAUUAUAUUGAAUCUUCUCUCAGGACAGCUAUAGAUAUCCAUGUUAAGGAAGUUCCUGGGGAUGUAUUAAUAUUUAUGACAGGAAAGGAUGACAUUGAUAAGAUGGUGUCAAAAUUGGAGGAAAGAAUUCAAAAUCUUGAGGAAGGUUCUUGUAUGGAUGCUCUUGUCCUUCCACUUCAUGGUUCUUUGCCUCCUGAACAACAGGUUCGGGUAUUUGCUCCAGCACCUCCAGAGUGUCGACGGUUCAUUGUUGCAACAAAUGUGGCUGAAACUUCAUUGACAGUGGAUGGUGUUGUGUUCGUGAUCGAUUGUGGUUAUGUAAAGCAACGCCAGUAUAAUCCGUCAACUGGAAUGUAUUCCCUUGAUGUAGUUCAGAUUAGCAGAGUGCAGGCUGACCAGCGAGCUGGACGAGCUGGAAGAACUAGGCCUGGCAAGUGUUAUAGGUUAUACCCAAGUUCCAUCUACCAAAAGGAGUUUCUUGAGGCCACAAUUCCAGAAAUUCAACGGACUUCCCUUGCUGGAAGUGUUCUGUAUCUGAAAUCAUUAAAUCUUCCUGAUAUCGACAUUUUGAUGUUUGAUUUCCUUGACCCACCAUCACGUGAAUCGUUAGAAGACGCUUUAAGGCAGUUAUACCUCAUUGAUGCAAUUGAUGAAAAUGGGCAAAUAACAGAUGUUGGGCGCCUAAUGGCAGAGCUCCCUCUUGAUCCUUCGCUUUCAAGGACUUUGAUUGAAGCGAACGAAUUAGGAUGCCUAUCGCAGGCAUUAACUGUUGCUGCAGUUUUGUCAGCUGAAAUCACACUGCGGCAAACUAGAAGCAAGGAAAUUGAGAGAAAGAGAAAAAGGCGAGAGCUUCCUGAUGGUUCUGGCUGGGGUGACCAUAUACAGUUGCUUCAAAUAUUUGAAAGCUGGGAUCAAGCAGACUAUGACCCAAAGUGGUGCUCAGAUCAUGAUUUGCAGGCGCGAGGCAUGAAAUUCAGCAAAGAUGUAAGGAAUCAAUUAAGUCAGAUUAUUCAAAAAAUCGCCAAAGGUCCAACAGAUCUGCAAGCAAGGAGAGGACGUAAGAGUGACCCUGACUACAGAAAAUUGAGGAAAGCUCUUUGUGUAGGAUAUGGUAACCAGCUAGCGGAGAGAAUGCUGCAUCACAACGGUUACCAUACGGUUGGAUACAGGACACAACUUGUGCAGGUGCAUCCGUCUUCUGUGCUGGAAGGUGAUGAAUAUGGGAAAUUACCAGUGUAUGUUGUCUACCAUGAGCUGAUAAAUACUACUCGCCCUUUCAUGAGAAAUGUUUGUGCAGUUGAGCAGGCUUGGGUUAAACCAAUCUUAAAGAAGCUUGAAAAACUGAACAUAAAGAAAUUAAGCGGUGGUUCAACUGCACCAACAGAUUCUGAACCUCUGGGUAACAAGCAAGUAAGCUCUCCAACAAAAGCUACGGAAAUUAAGCAAUCUGAUGUGGAUAGUAAGAUUCAGGCUGCUCGAGAGCGCUACCUCGCACGAAAAGGCAAGAAGUGACACAACAGAGCUUCCUUAUGGGGUAGUUGUAGGCUUUUCUGAAAAUUGCAUGCCCGCUGGCCGCUGAGCACCAUCAACAUGAAAAAGAGCAAGCACAUGAGGAAUGUCCUUGUAUUAUGGGCACCCAGUGUCGACCACAUAGCAGAUACAUACUUGCUGCAUCAGAAACUUUUCGCAUGUGGCUGACGACGUGGUCAUGUAUCUCUUAUCCUCAUCUAGCGGAUAAUUUCCUCUGUACAAGAACUUACAGAAUGUGAUGGGUGAUAGUAGUCGAAAUUGAAAAAAAUAUUUUGAUAUGCAUGCUGUUACUGGAAUACAAGGUCGAAGAUAAAUAUCAUAUACCCAGCAAACAUUAACAUU